AACCCUUCAAGAGACGCAGAGGCUCCGCAGCCUCCGGUUGAAGAAGCAUGCCGCAGUUAGAGGAGGUGUGCCAGGUGGCGGUGGAGAUUCUAGUGUGUGCUCUUCUCCUCAUGUUCACUUUCUCCUUGGCUCCUCACAUUCCCCAACUUCUGGGCGGAACAUUGCUGCAGAGAGAACUCGCCAGGAUUUGGGGCGUCACCAAUUUGGUACUCGUGUGUGAGAUUCUCCGGAAAGGCAUUGUCUUUGCCUAUUACAUGCUACUCAUGGUUGGCAACAUCAGACUGCUGUAUGCUUUUGGAUUGCUGUUAUUUGUGAACAUCUUACAAUAUAAUAGGAGGAGAAUCUGUUUCUUGUGUCUUUGGGGAGCUAUAUCCCUUGGUAUAUAUAUUUUCAACACAUGAGACAGCAUCAGUAAAGCUAGGGAGCAUACGGAGAGGCUUCGUUGGGGAAGGCUUAAA